AAGAGGCAGAGAGGAGCCCCAACCCAACCCCACCCCACCCCAGCUCUUCUCUUCGCUUUCCCGAUCGAUGGGUCCGCCGCCGACCAAGGAUGAGCCCGGAUCCCCUCCCUACCCCGACGCCGACGGCCCGGAGGCGUCUACGGCUCAGGAUGCUCCGCCGCCUCUACGCCAGCAAUUCAUGGGGGCCUGCCGCGCCGACGACCGCCUCAGACCGCUCCUCACCCUCAACGUCUCCUGCGCCGCCGCCGCCGACGACCGAUUCAUCUCACAACUCUCCCAGCACUUCGAGGCGUCGGAGGUGGGCAUGCUCGCCAGAUGCCUAUGCGUCCCCCUCGUCUCCCUGCGCGUCGGCAAGGUCCAGAGGCACGGCGCCCUCCUCUGCCCAACAACCAUUAGAGGGAAGCUGAACCUUGGUUUUCUGCCUUCAUCUAUCAUGUGCCUUACCUUUGCUGGUGAUGAUGGUUAUUCAGAGCAAUUAGCUCUCUUUAACAGCGCCUUCGAAAUUUCAGAAGUUGUGAUUGAAGAAAUAUCAGCUGAUAAUUCUGGACGCUCUUUCGUAAUCAGGAUUUCAGGAUCUAAAGUAUUCUACUACUGGUGUGCUGAGAAGUCAAAGGAACACGGAGUGGAGCUUCUUACCAAGAUGAAAACCCUUCUAGAGAGGAGGCCAACGCUCUCUGAUCUCACAGGCAUAUCCAAUUCACGACUUGAUACUUUUGCAACUCAUUUGCACGCUUAUCUUCUUACAUCGAGUAUCGGUGAUGUUAAAUUGUUGGGAUCGCUUAGUGACUUUCUGAGUACUUCAAGACCACACAGUCAAUAUUUGCAGCCCCAAUUGGCUGCUUCCAAGAGUUCCAGGUUUCGGGCUUCUGCAACUAACGCAACAAGAGCAAGCUCUGUCUAUCAGACCAGUCUAAGUCCCAGAUCAGGCAAUUUUAAAGAUGGGGUGCCAAGAACCUCAUGUACUAAGGUUGUUGGGAGAGAGAAACUGAAGCGACGUGGUGAAUGGUCGGGGCCAUCAACUGCUCCUAUUGACUCAAAUCCUUUGACAUCAAACAGUGGCAACCUUGAUUCUACCAGUGAGAACUGUGAUGUGGAUUGUUCAAGAAACAUUGUGACCUCAGUUCUAUUAGACUUGCCUCUUUCAUUUCCUUUGCUGCCAUCUAUUUAUCCUCUUGCCACUUGUCCGUUGCCUGAGGUUUCUUCAGAGAAGCAGUUUAAGCCUUACUACUGCUGGUGCCCACCAAGUCCAUCUUCACUUCAAUACAGUGUUACCCCUUCGCAUCUGCCAGCUACUUCUCUAGAACCUUUGCCCCUACCACCUUUAAGUUCACUGCUAUCAAAUGAACUGCUGCCUUCUUCUGCAGUUUCUGCAAAGCUGGAUACAACUGAUCUCCCUUCCCUUAAUCUUCCAUCGAUACUGCAUGAUCCUUUACUUCACCUGCCGCUUCCCACUUCACUUGUCCCCCUACAUGGUUCACAGGUUCCAACAUUCACACCAUUGAUGUCUGAUCCCAUUGUGCAUGUCCCAGUCAUUGAUGUGUGUUCCGCGGGCCAGGCAUAUCUGGUGACUUGUGGACCUUCUAUACCUUCGACUGUCCCCUUGUUCCCUAGCUUGAAGCCUUUGCUUCCAGAAGCAGAAUCAUUGGUCGAGAGAAGUGCUAGGGAAACACUAAUGAGGCUCAUAGCUUCGACACCAGCUGCAAGCAAUCCUCAGUUGGCCAACAUUCUCCCUGUGGUCGUGCCUGAUCUGCCUGAAAAUCUCUCUCGAGCUAAUAAUGUGAACAAGCAUGUUGAUGCUACAUCUUAUUGUGUUGAUGUGUUUGGAAGUGGGAUUGGAGCCAUGAAGUUGCACUCCGAGGAUAAAGUUUCUAUGGAAGAUGAUUCUGGUGCACCGUUUGCAGAAUAUGAUACCAGAAAUGAUUGUGAUCUGCAGCAUUUUCAGGAACUUUAAUUUGCAACUAUUUGGUGCAAGAAAAUAAGGGUGGUGUACUAGCUACUUGUCGGUUUUGAAAUGUGACAACAUUUUGAACGGCAGUUGCAUCUGCAUGGUAAUAGGCUAUAUGGAUUUUGCGAUGUGAUGCUCUGCAUGCAUCCUGUUUGCCGUGAUUUGUAUCUGCCCAGCCAACAGAUUCAUUUGGUUGGCAAGUGUAAUUAGUAUUAGUUUGUACUGUAUGUCACUUUGGCAAAACCAACUGCGAACCACAGUGAGUCAUGCACCUUUAGUUA